ACAAAGACCGUGUCUCUGUGGUCCAGUACAGCAGAGAUGCAGAGGUCCAUUUCUAUCUGAAAACAUACACCACAAGAGAGGAAAUUGUGGAUUCGGUCAGGGGGCUGAGACACAGAGGAGGCAGACCCCUCAACACCGGGGCAGCCCUCCAGUAUGUCAGGGACAACGUCUUUACAAACUCCUCCGGGAGUAGGCGACUGCAAGGCGUUCCACAGAUGUUGAUCCUGCUAAAUGGUGGAAGGUCAUUUGACAAUGUAGAUACACCAGCCUCUGCUCUCAAACAGCAGGGCAUCUUUGUGAUUGGCAUUGGAACAAGGAGCUCUGACAUUAAAGAGAUGCAGAAGAUAUCGUAUGACCCUAGUCUCGCUCUAGCAGUGUCUGAGUUCACUGACCUCCCCAGUAUCCAAGAACAGCUCUCCUCUGUAAUGAGCACAGUGGUAGUGAGGGCCACGCCCGUGACACCAACAGUAACUGUGGAGAAACUGCCACGGGGAAGAGAUGUUGUGUUCUUGUUGGACGGAUCCGAUGGUACUAGAGCUGGAUUCCCAGCUAUGCGAGACUUUGUCCAAAGAGUAGUAGAGACACUCAGUGUGGAUGACAACAAAGACCGCGUCUCAGUGGUUCAGUACAGCAGAGAUCCAACUGUCCAGUUCUACCUGAACACGUACACCACAAAAGGCGAGAUCCUUGACACCCUCAGAGAUUUGAGACACAAAGGCGGAAGACCCCUCAACACUGGAGCAGCUCUCCAGUACCUGAGGAAUAAUGUCUUUACGGUCUCCGCCGGAAGCAGGCGCCCAGAAGGAGUUCAACAGGUGCUUAUAUUGCUAAGUGGUGGAAGGUCUUUUGACAGCGUUGAUGCACCGGCUUCUGCUCUGAAAAAGCUGGGCGUCCUGACCUUUGCAAUUGGAACCAGGAGCUCUGAUAGCAGGGAACUGCAGAACAUAGCCCACGAUCCAAGUUACGCUCUGUCUGUGUCUGAAUUCACCGACCUUCCCAGUGUCCAACAGCAGCUUCAGGACUCCGUGGAGGCUGCUGUUAUUGAUGUCACCCCAGAGUCACCAACUGUACUUGUUGACAGCGCCAAAAAGGAUAUUGUAUUCCUUCUGGAUGGUUCUGAUGGCACAAGGAAUGGCUUCCCUGCCAUGCGUAAUUUUGUUGAGAGAGUGGUGGAGAAACUGAACGUGGGAGAAAACAAAGACCGUGUCUCUGUGGUCCAGUACAGCAGAGAUGCAGAGGUCCUUUUCUAUCUGAAAACAUACACCACAAGACAGGAAAUUGUGGAUUCGGUCAGGGGGCUGAGACACAGAGGAGGCAGACCCCUCAACACCGGGGCAGCCCUCCAGUAUGUCAGGGACAACGUCUUUACAAACUCCUCCGGGAGUAGGCGACUGCAAGGCGUUCCACAGAUGUUGAUCCUGCUAAAUGGUGGAAGGUCAUUUGACAAUGUAGAUACACCAGCCUCUGCUCUCAAACAGCAGGGCAUCUUUGUGAUUGGCAUUGGAACAAGGAGCUCUGACAUUAAAGAGAUGCAGAAGAUAUCGUAUGACCCUAGUCUCGCUCUAGCAGUGUCUGAGUUCACUGACCUCCCCAGUAUCCAAGAACAGCUCUCCUCUGUAAUGAGCACAGUGGUAGUGAGGGCCACGCCCGUGACACCAACAGUAACUGUGGAGAAACUCCCACGGGGAAGAGAUGUUGUGUUCUUGUUGGACGGAUCCGAUGGUACUAGAGCUGGAUUCCCAGCUAUGCGAGACUUUGUCCAAAGAGUAGUAGAGACACUCAGUGUGGAUGACAACAAAGACCGCGUCUCAGUGGUUCAGUACAGCAGAGAUCCAACUGUCCAGUUCUACCUGAACACGUACACCACAAAAGGCGAGAUCCUUGACACCCUCAGAGAUUUGAGACACAAAGGCGGAAGACCCCUCAACACUGGAGCAGCUCUCCAGUACCUGAGGGAUAAUGUCUUUACGGUCUCCGCCGGAAGCAGGCGCCCAGAAGGAGUUCAACAGGUGCUUAUAUUGCUAAGUGGUGGAAGGUCUUUUGACAGCGUUGAUGCACCGGCUUCUGCUUUGAAAAAGCUGGGCGUCCUGACCUUUGCAAUUGGAACCAGGAGCUCUGAUAGCAGAGAACUGCAGAACAUAGCCCACGAUCCAAGUUACGCUCUGUCUGUGUCUGAAUUCACCGACCUUCCCAGUGUCCAACAGCAGCUUCAGGACUCCGUGGAGGCUGCUGUUAUUGAUGUCACCCCAGAGUCACCAACUGUACUUGUUGACAGCGCCAAAAAGGAUAUUGUAUUCCUUCUGGAUGGUUCUGAUGGCACAAGGAAUGGCUUCCCUGCCAUGCGUAAUUUUGUUGAGAGAGUGGUGGAGAAACUGAACGUGGGAGAAAACAAAGACCGUGUCUCUGUGGUCCAGUACAGCAGAGAUGCAGAGGUCCAUUUCUAUCUGAAAACAUACACCACAAGAGAGGAAAUUGUGGAUUCGGUCAGGGGGCUGAGACACAGAGGAGGCAGACCCCUCAACACCGGGGCAGCCCUCCAGUAUGUCAGGGACAACGUCUUUACAAACUCCUCCGGGAGUAGGCGACUGCAAGGUGUUCCACAGAUGUUGAUCCUGCUAAAUGGUGGAAGGUCAUUUGACAAUGUAGAUACACAAGCCUCUGCUCUCAAACAGCAGGGCAUCUUUGUGAUUGGCAUUGGAACAAGGAGCUCUGACAUUAAAGAGAUGCAGAAGAUAUCAUAUGACCCUAGUCUCGCUCUAGCAGUGUCUGAGUUCACUGACCUCCCCAGUAUCCAAGAACAGCUCUCCUCUGUAAUGAGCACAGUGGUAGUGAGGGCCACGCCCGUGACACCAACAGUAACUGUGGAGAAACUGCCACGGGGAAGAGAUGUUGUGUUCUUGUUGGACGGAUCCGAUGGUACUAGAGCUGGAUUCCCAGCUAUGCGAGACUUUGUCCAAAGAGUAGUAGAGACACUCAGUGUGGAUGACAACAAAGACCGCGUCUCAGUGGUUCAGUACAGCAGAGAUCCAACUGUCCAGUUCUACCUGAACACGUACACCACAAAAGGCGAGAUCCUUGACACCCUCAGAGAUUUGAGACACAAAGGCGGAAGACCCCUCAACACUGGAGCAGCUCUCCAGUACCUGAGGGAUAAUGUCUUUACGGUCUCCGCCGGAAGCAGGCGCCCAGAAGGAGUUCAACAGGUGCUUAUAUUGCUAAGUGGUGGAAGGUCUUUUGACAGCGUUGAUGCACCGGCUUCUGCUCUGAAAAAGCUGGGCGUCCUGACCUUUGCAAUUGGAACCAGGAGCUCUGAUAGCAGAGAACUGCAGAACAUAGCCCACGAUCCAAGUUACGCUCUGUCUGUGUCUGAAUUCACCGACCUUCCCAGUGUCCAACAGCAGCUUCAGGACUCCGUGGAGGCUGCUGUUAUUGAUGUCACCCCAGAGUCACCAACUGUACUUGUUGACAGCGCCAAAAAGGAUAUUGUAUUCCUUCUGGAUGGUUCUGAUGGCACAAGGAAUGGCUUCCCUGCCAUGCGUAAUUUUGUUGAGAGAGUGGUGGAGAAACUGAACGUGGGAGAAAACAAAGACCGUGUCUCUGUGGUCCAGUACAGCAGAGAUGCAGAGGUCCAUUUCUAUCUGAAAACAUACACCACAAGAGAGGAAAUUGUGGAUUCAGUCAGGGGGCUGAGACACAGAGGAGGCAGACCCCUCAACACCGGGGCAGCCCUCCAGUAUGUCAGGGACAACGUCUUUACAAACUCCUCCGGGAGUAGGCGACUGCAAGGUGUUCCACAGAUGUUGAUCCUGCUAAAUGGUGGAAGGUCAUUUGACAAUGUAGAUACACCAGCCUCUGCUCUCAAACAGCAGGGCAUCUUUGUGAUUGGCAUUGGAACAAGGAGCUCUGACAUUAAAGAGAUGCAGAAGAUAUCAUAUGACCCUAGUCUCGCUCUAGCAGUGUCUGAGUUCACUGACCUCCCCAGUAUCCAAGAACAGCUCUCCUCUGUAAUGAGCACAGUGGUAGUGAGGGCCACGCCCGUGACACCAACAGUAACUGUGGAGAAACUGCCACGGGGAAGAGAUGUUGUGUUCUUGUUGGACGGAUCCGAUGGUACUAGAGCUGGAUUCCCAGCUAUGCGAGACUUUGUCCAAAGAGUAGUAGAGACACUCAGUGUGGAUGACAACAAAGACCGCGUCUCAGUGGUUCAGUACAGCAGAGAUCCAACUGUCCAGUUCUACCUGAACACGUACACCACAAAAGGCGAGAUCCUUGACACCCUCAGAGAUUUGAGACACAAAGGCGGAAGACCCCUCAACACUGGAGCAGCUCUCCAGUACCUGAGGGAUAAUGUCUUUACGGUCUCCGCCGGAAGCAGGCGCCCAGAAGGAGUUCAACAGGUGCUUAUAUUGCUAAGUGGUGGAAGGUCUUUUGACAGCGUUGAUGCACCGGCUUCUGCUCUGAAAAAGCUGGGCGUCCUGACCUUUGCAAUUGGAACCAGGAGCUCUGAUAGCAGAGAACUGCAGAACAUAGCCCACGAUCCAAGUUACGCUCUGUCUGUGUCUGAAUUCACCGACCUUCCCAGUGUCCAACAGCAGCUUCAGGACUCCGUGGAGGCUGCUGUUAUUGAUGUCACCCCAGAGUCACCAACUGUACUUGUUGACAGCGCCAAAAAGGAUAUUGUAUUCCUUCUGGAUGGUUCUGAUGGCACAAGGAAUGGCUUCCCUGCCAUGCGUAAUUUUGUUGAGAGAGUGGUGGAGAAACUGAACGUGGGAGAAAACAAAGACCGUGUCUCUGUGGUCCAGUACAGCAGAGAUGCAGAGGUCCAUUUCUAUCUGAAAACAUACACCACAAGAGAGGAAAUUGUGGAUUCGGUCAGGGGGCUGAGACACAGAGGAGGCAGACCCCUCAACACCGGGGCAGCCCUCCAGUAUGUCAGGGACAACGUCUUUACAAACUCCUCCGGGAGUAGGCGACUGCAAGGCGUUCCACAGAUGUUGAUCCUGCUAAAUGGUGGAAGGUCAUUUGACAAUGUAGAUACACCAGCCUCUGCUCUCAAACAGCAGGGCAUCUUUGUGAUUGGCAUUGGAACAAGGAGCUCUGACAUUAAAGAGAUGCAGAAGAUAUCAUAUGACCCUAGUCUCGCUCUAGCAGUGUCUGAGUUCACUGACCUCCCCAGUAUCCAAGAACAGCUCUCCUCUGUAAUGAGCACAGUGGUAGUGAGGGCCACGCCCGUGACACCAACAGUAACUGUGGAGAAACUGCCACGGGGAAGAGAUGUUGUGUUCUUGUUGGACGGAUCCGAUGGUACUAGAGCUGGAUUCCCAGCUAUGCAAGACUUUGUCCAAAGAGUAGUAGAGACACUCAGUGUGGAUGACAACAAAGACCGCGUCUCAGUGGUUCAGUACAGCAGAGAUCCAACUGUCCAGUUCUACCUGAACACGUACACCACAAAAGGCGAGAUCCUUGACACCCUCAGAGAUUUGAGACACAAAGGCGGAAGACCCCUCAACACUGGAGCAGCUCUCCAGUACCUGAGGGAUAAUGUCUUUACGGUCUCCGCCGGAAGCAGGCGCCCAGAAGGAGUUCAACAGGUGCUUAUAUUGCUAAGUGGUGGAAGGUCUUUUGACAGCGUUGAUGCACCGGCUUCUGCUCUGAAAAAGCUGGGCGUCCUGACCUUUGCAAUUGGAACCAGGAGCUCUGAUAGCAGAGAACUGCAGAACAUAGCCCACGAUCCAAGUUACGCUCUGUCUGUGUCUGAAUUCACCGACCUUCCCAGUGUCCAACAGCAGCUUCAGGACUCCGUGGAGGCUGCUGUUAUUGAUGUCACCCCAGAGUCACCAACUGUACUUGUUGACAGCGCCAAAAAGGAUAUUGUAUUCCUUCUGGAUGGUUCUGAUGGCACAAGGAAUGGCUUCCCUGCCAUGCGUAAUUUUGUUGAGAGAGUGGUGGAGAAACUGAACGUGGGAGAAAACAAAGACCGUGUCUCUGUGGUCCAGUACAGCAGAGAUGCAGAGGUCCAUUUCUAUCUGAAAACAUACACCACAAGAGAGGAAAUUGUGGAUUCGGUCAGGGGGCUGAGACACAGAGGAGGCAGACCCCUCAACACCGGGGCAGCCCUCCAGUAUGUCAGGGACAACGUCUUUACAAACUCCUCCGGGAGUAGGCGACUGCAAGGUGUUCCACAGAUGUUGAUCCUGCUAAAUGGUGGAAGGUCAUUUGACAAUGUAGAUACACCAGCCUCUGCUCUCAAACAGCAGGGCAUCUUUGUGAUUGGCAUUGGAACAAGGAGCUCUGACAUUAAAGAGAUGCAGAAGAUAUCAUAUGACCCUAGUCUCGCUCUAGCAGUGUCUGAGUUCACUGACCUCCCCAGUAUCCAAGAACAGCUCUCCUCUGUAAUGAGCACAGUGGUAGUGAGGGCCACGCCCGUGACACCAACAGUAACUGUGGAGAAACUGCCUACGGGAAGAGAUGUUGUGUUCUUGUUGGACGGAUCCGAUGGUACUAGAGCUGGAUUCCCAGCUAUGCGAGACUUUGUCCAAAGAGUAGUAGAGACACUCAGUGUGGAUGACAACAAAGACCGCGUCUCAGUGGUUCAGUACAGCAGAGAUCCAACUGUCCAGUUCUACCUGAACACGUACACCACAAAAGGCGAGAUCCUUGACACCCUCAGAGAUUUGAGACACAAAGGCGGAAGACCCCUCAACACUGGAGCAGCUCUCCAGUACCUGAGGGAUAAUGUCUUUACGGUCUCCGCCGGAAGCAGGCGCCCAGAAGGAGUUCAACAGGUGCUUAUAUUGCUAAGUGGUGGAAGGUCUUUUGACAGCGUUGAUGCACCGGCUUCUGCUCUGAAAAAGCUGGGCGUCCUGACCUUUGCAAUUGGAACCAGGAGCUCUGAUAGCAGAGAACUGCAGAACAUAGCCCACGAUCCAAGUUACGCUCUGUCUGUGUCUGAAUUCACCGACCUUCCCAGUGUCCAACAGCAGCUUCAGGACUCCGUGGAGGCUGCUGUUAUUGAUGUCACCCCAGAGUCACCAACUGUACUUGUUGACAGCGCCAAAAAGGAUAUUGUAUUCCUUCUGGAUGGUUCUGAUGGCACAAGGAAUGGCUUCCCUGCCAUGCGUAAUUUUGUUGAGAGAGUGGUGGAGAAACUGAACGUGGGAGAAAACAAAGACCGUGUCUCUGUGGUCCAGUACAGCAGAGAUGCAGAGGUCCAUUUCUAUCUGAAAACAUACACCACAAGAGAGGAAAUUGUGGAUUCGGUCAGGGGGCUGAGACACAGAGGAGGCAGACCCCUCAACACCGGGGCAGCCCUCCAGUAUGUCAGGGACAACGUCUUUACAAACUCCUCCGGGAGUAGGCGACUGCAAGGUGUUCCACAGAUGUUGAUCCUGCUAAAUGGUGGAAGGUCAUUUGACAAUGUAGAUACACCAGCCUCUGCUCUCAAACAGCAGGGCAUCUUUGUGAUUGGCAUUGGAACAAGGAGCUCUGACAUUAAAGAGAUGCAGAAGAUAUCAUAUGACCCUAGUCUCGCUCUAGCAGUGUCUGAGUUCACUGACCUCCCCAGUAUCCAAGAACAGCUCUCCUCUGUAAUGAGCACAGUGGUAGUGAGGGCCACGCCCGUGACACCAACAGUAACUGUGGAGAAACUGCCACGGGGAAGAGAUGUUGUGUUCUUGUUGGACGGAUCCGAUGGUACUAGAGCUGGAUUCCCAGCUAUGCGAGACUUUGUCCAAAGAGUAGUAGAGACACUCAGUGUGGAUGACAACAAAGACCGCGUCUCAGUGGUUCAGUACAGCAGAGAUCCAACUGUCCAGUUCUACCUGAACACGUACACCACAAAAGGCGAGAUCCUUGACACCCUCAGAGAUUUGAGACACAAAGGCGGAAGACCCCUCAACACUGGAGCAGCUCUCCAGUACCUGAGGGAUAAUGUCUUUACGGUCUCCGCCGGAAGCAGGCGCCCAGAAGGAGUUCAACAGGUGCUUAUAUUGCUAAGUGGUGGAAGGUCUUUUGACAGCGUUGAUGCACCGGCUUCUGCUCUGAAAAAGCUGGGCGUCCUGACCUUUGCAAUUGGAACCAGGAGCUCUGAUAGCAGAGAACUGCAGAACAUAGCCCACGAUCCAAGUUACGCUCUGUCUGUGUCUGAAUUCACCGACCUUCCCAGUGUCCAACAGCAGCUUCAGGACUCCGUGGAGGCUGCUGUUAUUGAUGUCACCCCAGAGUCACCAACUGUACUUGUUGACAGCGCCAAAAAGGAUAUUGUAUUCCUUCUGGAUGGUUCUGAUGGCACAAGGAAUGGCUUCCCUGCCAUGCGUAAUUUUGUUGAGAGAGUGGUGGAGAAACUGAACGUGGGAGAAAACAAAGACCGUGUCUCUGUGGUCCAGUACAGCAGAGAUGCAGAGGUCCAUUUCUAUCUGAAAACAUACACCACAAGAGAGGAAAUUGUGGAUUCGGUCAGGGGGCUGAGACACAGAGGAGGCAGACCCCUCAACACCGGGGCAGCCCUCCAGUAUGUCAGGGACAACGUCUUUACAAACUCCUCCGGGAGUAGGCGACUGCAAGGUGUUCCACAGAUGUUGAUCCUGCUAAAUGGUGGAAGGUCAUUUGACAAUGUAGAUACACCAGCCUCUGCUCUCAAACAGCAGGGCAUCUUUGUGAUUGGCAUUGGAACAAGGAGCUCUGACAUUAAAGAGAUGCAGAAGAUAUCAUAUGACCCUAAUCUCGCUCUAGCAGUGUCUGAGUUCACUGACCUCCCCAGUAUCCAAGAACAGCUCUCCUCUGUAAUGAGCACAGUGGUAGUGAGGGCCACGCCCGUGACACCAACAGUAACUGUGGAGAAACUGCCACGGGGAAGAGAUGUUGUGUUCUUGUUGGACGGAUCCGAUGGUACUAGAGCUGGAUUCCCAGCUAUGCGAGACUUUGUCCAAAGAGUAGUAGAGACACUCAGUGUGGAUGACAACAAAGACCGCGUCUCAGUGGUUCAGUACAGCAGAGAUCCAACUGUCCAGUUCUACCUGAACACGUACACCACAAAAGGCGAGAUCCUUGACACCCUCAGAGAUUUGAGACACAAAGGCGGAAGACCCCUCAACACUGGAGCAGCUCUCCAGUACCUGAGGGAUAAUGUCUUUACGGUCUCCGCCGGAAGCAGGCGCCCAGAAGGAGUUCAACAGGUGCUUAUAUUGCUAAGUGGUGGAAGGUCUUUUGACAGCGUUGAUGCACCGGCUUCUGCUCUGAAAAAGCUGGGCGUCCUGACCUUUGCAAUUGGAACCAGGAGCUCUGAUAGCAGAGAACUGCAGAACAUAGCCCACGAUCCAAGUUACGCUCUGUCUGUGUCUGAAUUCACCGACCUUCCCAGUGUCCAACAGCAGCUUCAGGACUCCGUGGAGGCUGCUGUUAUUGAUGUCACCCCAGAGUCACCAACUGUACUUGUUGACAGCGCCAAAAAGGAUAUUGUAUUCCUUCUGGAUGGUUCUGAUGGCACAAGGAAUGGCUUCCCUGCCAUGCGUAAUUUUGUUGAGAGAGUGGUGGAGAAACUGAACGUGGGAGAAAACAAAGACCGUGUCUCUGUGGUCCAGUACAGCAGAGAUGCAGAGGUCCAUUUCUAUCUGAAAACAUACACCACAAGAGAGGAAAUUGUGGAUUCGGUCAGGGGGCUGAGACACAGAGGAGGCAGACCCCUCAACACCGGGGCAGCCCUCCAGUAUGUCAGGGACAACGUCUUUACAAACUCCUCCGGGAGUAGGCGACUGCAAGGUGUUCCACAGAUGUUGAUCCUGCUAAAUGGUGGAAGGUCAUUUGACAAUGUAGAUACACCAGCCUCUGCUCUCAAACAGCAGGGCAUCUUUGUGAUUGGCAUUGGAACAAGGAGCUCUGACAUUAAAGAGAUGCAGAAGAUAUCAUAUGACCCUAGUCUCGCUCUAGCAGUGUCUGAGUUCACUGACCUCCCCAGUAUCCAAGAACAGCUCUCCUCUGUAAUGAGCACAGUGGUAGUGAGGGCCACGCCCGUGACACCAACAGUAACUGUGGAGAAACUGCCACGGGGAAGAGAUGUUGUGUUCUUGUUGGACGGAUCCGAUGGUACUAGAGCUGGAUUCCCAGCUAUGCGAGACUUUGUCCAAAGAGUAGUAGAGACACUCAGUGUGGAUGACAACAAAGACCGCGUCUCAGUGGUUCAGUACAGCAGAGAUCCAACUGUCCAGUUCUACCUGAACACGUACACCACAAAAGGCGAGAUCCUUGACACCCUCAGAGAUUUGAGACACAAAGGCGGAAGACCCCUCAACACUGGAGCAGCUCUCCAGUACCUGAGGGAUAAUGUCUUUACGGUCUCCGCCGGAAGCAGGCGCCCAGAAGGAGUUCAACAGGUGCUUAUAUUGCUAAGUGGUGGAAGGUCUUUUGACAGCGUUGAUGCACCGGCUUCUGCUCUGAAAAAGCUGGGCGUCCUGACCUUUGCAAUUGGAACCAGGAGCUCUGAUAGCAGAGAACUGCAGAACAUAGCCCACGAUCCAAGUUACGCUCUGUCUGUGUCUGAAUUCACCGACCUUCCCAGUGUCCAACAGCAGCUUCAGGACUCCGUGGAGGCUGCUGUUAUUGCUGUCACCCCAGAGUCACCAACUGUACUUGUUGACACGGCCAAAAAGGAUAUUGUAUUCCUUCUGGAUGGUUCUGAUGGCACAAGGAAUGGCUUCCCUGCCAUGCGUAAUUUUGUUGAGAGAGUGGUGGAGAAACUGAACGUGGGAGAAAACAAAGACCGUGUCUCUGUGGUCCAGUACAGCAGAGAUGCAGAGGUCCAUUUCUAUCUGAAAACAUACACCACAAGAGAGGAAAUUGUGGAUUCGGUCAGGGGGCUGAGACACAGAGGAGGCAGACCCCUCAACACCGGGGCAGCCCUCCAGUAUGUCAGGGACAACGUCUUUACAAACUCCUCCGGGAGUAGGCGACUGCAAGGUGUUCCACAGAUGUUGAUCCUGCUAAAUGGUGGAAGGUCAUUUGACAAUGUAGAUACACCAGCCUCUGCUCUCAAACAGCAGGGCAUCUUUGUGAUUGGCAUUGGAACAAGGAGCUCUGACAUUAAAGAGAUGCAGAAGAUAUCAUAUGACCCUAGUCUCGCUCUAGCAGUGUCUGAGUUCACUGACCUCCCCAGUAUCCAAGAACAGCUCUCCUCUGUAAUGAGCACAGUGGUAGUGAGGGCCACGCCCGUGACACCAACAGUAACUGUGGAGAAACUGCCACGGGGAAGAGAUGUUGUGUUCUUGUUGGACGGAUCCGAUGGUACUAGAGCUGGAUUCCCAGCUAUGCGAGACUUUGUCCAAAGAGUAGUAGAGACACUCAGUGUGGAUGACAACAAAGACCGCGUCUCAGUGGUUCAGUACAGCAGAGAUCCAACUGUCCAGUUCUACCUGAACACGUACACCACAAAAGGCGAGAUCCUUGACACCCUCAGAGAUUUGAGACACAAAGGCGGAAGACCCCUCAACACUGGAGCAGCUCUCCAGUACCUGAGGGAUAAUGUCUUUACGGUCUCCGCCGGAAGCAGGCGCCCAGAAGGAGUUCAACAGGUGCUUAUAUUGCUAAGUGGUGGAAGGUCUUUUGACAGCGUUGAUGCACCGGCUUCUGCUCUGAAAAAGCUGGGCGUCCUGACCUUUGCAAUUGGAACCAGGAGCUCUGAUAGCAGAGAACUGCAGAACAUAGCCCACGAUCCAAGUUACGCUCUGUCUGUGUCUGAAUUCACCGACCUUCCCAGUGUCCAACAGCAGCUUCAGGACUCCGUGGAGGCUGCUGUUAUUGAUGUCACCCCAGAGUCACCAACUGUACUUGUUGACAGCGCCAAAAAGGAUAUUGUAUUCCUUCUGGAUGGUUCUGAUGGCACAAGGAAUGGCUUCCCUGCCAUGCGUAAUUUUGUUGAGAGAGUGGUGGAGAAACUGAACGUGGGAGAAAACAAAGACCGUGUCUCUGUGGUCCAGUACAGCAGAGAUGCAGAGGUCCAUUUCUAUCUGAAAACAUACACCACAAGAGAGGAAAUUGUGGAUUCGGUCAGGGGGCUGAGACACAGAGGAGGCAGACCCCUCAACACCGGGGCAGCCCUCCAGUAUGUCAGGGACAACGUCUUUACAAACUCCUCCGGGAGUAGGCGACUGCAAGGUGUUCCACAGAUGUUGAUCCUGCUAAAUGGUGGAAGGUCAUUUGACAAUGUAGAUACACCAGCCUCUGCUCUCAAACAGCAGGGCAUCUUUGUGAUUGGCAUUGGAACAAGGAGCUCUGACAUUAAAGAGAUGCAGAAGAUAUCAUAUGACCCUAGUCUCGCUCUAGCAGUGUCUGAGUUCACUGACCUCCCCAGUAUCCAAGAACAGCUCUCCUCUGUAAUGAGCACAGUGGUAGUGAGGGCCACGCCCGUGACACCAACAGUAACUGUGGAGAAACUGCCACGGGGAAGAGAUGUUGUGUUCUUGUUGGACGGAUCCGAUGGUACUAGAGCUGGAUUCCCAGCUAUGCGAGACUUUGUCCAAAGAGUAGUAGAGACACUCAGUGUGGAUGACAACAAAGACCGCGUCUCAGUGGUUCAGUACAGCAGAGAUCCAAAUGUCCAGUUCUACCUGAACACGUACACCACAAAAGGCGAGAUCCUUGACACCCUCAGAGAUUUGAGACACAAAGGCGGAAGACCCCUCAACACUGGAGCAGCUCUCCAGUACCUGAGGGAUAAUGUCUUUACGGUCUCCGCCGGAAGCAGGCGCCCAGAAGGAGUUCAACAGGUGCUUAUAUUGCUAAGUGGUGGAAGGUCUUUUGACAGCGUUGAUGCACCGGCUUCUGCUCUGAAAAAGCUGGGCGUCCUGACCUUUGCAAUUGGAACCAGGAGCUCUGAUAGCAGAGAACUGCAGAACAUAGCCCACGAUCCAAGUUACGCUCUGUCUGUGUCUGAAUUCACCGACCUUCCCAGUGUCCAACAGCAGCUUCAGGACUCCGUGGAGGCUGCUGUUAUUGAUGUCACCCCAGAGUCACCAACUGUACUUGUUGACAGCGCCAAAAAGGAUAUUGUAUUCCUUCUGGAUGGUUCUGAUGGCACAAGGAAUGGCUUCCCUGCCAUGCGUAAUUUUGUUGAGAGAGUGGUGGAGAAACUGAACGUGGGAGAAAACAAAGACCGUGUCUCUGUGGUCCAGUACAGCAGAGAUGCAGAGGUCCAUUUCUAUCUGAAAACAUACACCACAAGAGAGGAAAUUGUGGAUUCGGUCAGGGGGCUGAGACACAGAGGAGGCAGACCCCUCAACACCGGGGCAGCCCUCCAGUAUGUCAGGGACAACGUCUUUACAAACUCCUCCGGGAGUAGGCGACUGCAAGGUGUUCCACAGAUGUUGAUCCUGCUAAAUGGUGGAAGGUCAUUUGACAAUGUAGAUACACCAGCCUCUGCUCUCAAACAGCAGGGCAUCUUUGUGAUUGGCAUUGGAACAAGGAGCUCUGACAUUAAAGAGAUGCAGAAGAUAUCAUAUGACCCUAGUCUCGCUCUAGCAGUGUCUGAGUUCACUGACCUCCCCAGUAUCCAAGAACAGCUCUCCUCUGUAAUGAGCACAGUGGUAGUGAGGGCCACGCCCGUGACACCAACAGUAACUGUGGAGAAACUGCCACGGGGAAGAGAUGUUGUGUUCUUGUUGGACGGAUCCGAUGGUACUAGAGCUGGAUUCCCAGCUAUGCGAGACUUUGUCCAAAGAGUAGUAGAGACACUCAGUGUGGAUGACAACAAAGACCGCGUCUCAGUGGUUCAGUACAGCAGAGAUCCAACUGUCCAGUUCUACCUGAACACGUACACCACAAAAGGCGAGAUCCUUGACACCCUCAGAGAUUUGAGACACAAAGGCGGAAGACCCCUCAACACUGGAGCAGCUCUCCAGUACCUGAGGGAUAAUGUCUUUACGGUCUCCGCCGGAAGCAGGCGCCCAGAAGGAGUUCAACAGGUGCUUAUAUUGCUAAGUGGUGGAAGGUCUUUUGACAGCGUUGAUGCACCGGCUUCUGCUCUGAAAAAGCUGGGCGUCCUGACCUUUGCAAUUGGAACCAGGAGCUCUGAUAGCAGAGAACUGCAGAACAUAGCCCACGAUCCAAGUUACGCUCUGUCUGUGUCUGAAUUCACCGACCUUCCCAGUGUCCAACAGCAGCUUCAGGACUCCGUGGAGGCUGCUGUUAUUGAUGUCACCCCAGAGUCACCAACUGUACUUGUUGACAGCGCCAAAAAGGAUAUUGUAUUCCUUCUGGAUGGUUCUGAUGGCACAAGGAAUGGCUUCCCUGCCAUGCGUAAUUUUGUUGAGAGAGUGGUGGAGAAACUGAACGUGGGAGAAAACAAAGACCGUGUCUCUGUGGUCCAGUACAGCAGAGAUGCAGAGGUCCAUUUCUAUCUGAAAACAUACACCACAAGAGAGGAAAUUGUGGAUUCGGUCAGGGGGCUGAGACACAGAGGAGGCAGACCCCUCAACACCGGGGCAGCCCUCCAGUAUGUCAGGGACAACGUCUUUACAAACUCCUCCGGGAGUAGGCGACUGCAAGGUGUUCCACAGAUGUUGAUCCUGCUAAAUGGUGGAAGGUCAUUUGACAAUGUAGAUACACCAGCCUCUGCUCUCAAACAGCAGGGCAUCUUUGUGAUUGGCAUUGGAACAAGGAGCUCUGACAUUAAAGAGAUGCAGAAGAUAUCAUAUGACCCUAGUCUCGCUCUAGCAGUGUCUGAGUUCACUGACCUCCCCAGUAUCCAAGAACAGCUCUCCUCUGUAAUGAGCACAGUGGUAGUGAGGGCCACGCCCGUGACACCAACAGUAACUGUGGAGAAACUGCCUACGGGAAGAGAUGUUGUGUUCUUGUUGGACGGAUCCGAUGGUACUAGAGCUGGAUUCCCAGCUAUGCGAGACUUUGUCCAAAGAGUAGUAGAGACACUCAGUGUGGAUGACAACAAAGACCGCGUCUCAGUGGUUCAGUACAGCAGAGAUCCAACUGUCCAGUUCUACCUGAACACGUACACCACAAAAGGCAAGAUCCUUGACACCCUCAGAGAUUUGAGACACAAAGGCGGAAGACCCCUCAACACUGGAGCAGCUCUCCAGUACCUGAGGGAUAAUGUCUUUACGGUCUCCGCCGGAAGCAGGCGCCCAGAAGGAGUUCAACAGGUGCUUAUAUUGCUAAGUGGUGGAAGGUCUUUUGACAGCGUUGAUGCACCGGCUUCUGCUCUGAAAAAGCUGGGCGUCCUGACCUUUGCAAUUGGAACCAGGAGCUCUGAUAGCAGAGAACUGCAGAACAUAGCCCACGAUCCAAGUUACGCUCUGUCUGUGUCUGAAUUCACCGACCUUCCCAGUGUCCAACAGCAGCUUCAGGACUCCGUGGAGGCUGCUGUUAUUGCUGUCACCCCAGAGUCACCAACUGUACUUGUUGACACGGCCAAAAAGGAUAUUGUAUUCCUUCUGGAUGGUUCUGAUGGCACAAGGAAUGGCUUCCCUGCCAUGCGUAAUUUUGUUGAGAGAGUGGUGGAGAAACUAAACGUGGGAGAAAACAAAGACCGUGUCUCUGUGGUCCAGUACAGCAGAGAUGCAGAGGUCCAUUUCUAUCUGAAAACAUACACCACAAGAGAGGAAAUUGUGGAUUCGGUCAGGGGGCUGAGACACAGAGGAGGCAGACCCCUCAACACCGGGGCAGCCCUCCAGUAUGUCAGGGACAACGUCUUUACAAACUCCUCCGGGAGUAGGCGACUGCAAGGUGUUCCACAGAUGUUGAUCCUGCUAAAUGGUGGAAGGUCAUUUGACAAUGUAGAUACACCAGCCUCUGCUCUCAAACAGCAGGGCAUCUUUGUGAUUGGCAUUGGAACAAGGAGCUCUGACAUUAAAGAGAUGCAGAAGAUAUCAUAUGACCCUAGUCUCGCUCUAGCAGUGUCUGAGUUCACUGACCUCCCCAGUAUCCAAGAACAGCUCUCCUCUGUAAUGAGCACAGUGGUAGUGAGGGCCACGCCCGUGACACCAACAGUAACUGUGGAGAAACUGCCACGGGGAAGAGAUGUUGUGUUCUUGUUGGACGGAUCCGAUGGUACUAGAGCUGGAUUCCCAGCUAUGCGAGACUUUGUCCAAAGAGUAGUAGAGACACUCAGUGUGGAUGACAACAAAGACCGCGUCUCAGUGGUUCAGUACAGCAGAGAUCCAACUGUCCAGUUCUACCUGAACACGUACACCACAAAAGGCGAGAUCCUUGACACCCUCAGAGAUUUGAGACACAAAGGCGGAAGACCCCUCAACACUGGAGCAGCUCUCCAGUACCUGAGGGAUAAUGUCUUUACGGUCUCCGCCGGAAGCAGGCGCCCAGAAGGAGUUCAACAGGUGCUUAUAUUGCUAAGUGGUGGAAGGUCUUUUGACAGCGUUGAUGCACCGGCUUCUGCUCUGAAAAAGCUGGGCGUCCUGACCUUUGCAAUUGGAACCAGGAGCUCUGAUAGCAGAGAACUGCAGAACAUAGCCCACGAUCCAAGUUACGCUCUGUCUGUGUCUGAAUUCACCGACCUUCCCAGUGUCCAACAGCAGCUUCAGGACUCCGUGGAGGCUGCUGUUAUUGCUGUCACCCCAGAGUCACCAACUGUACUUGUUGACACGGCCAAAAAGGAUAUUGUAUUCCUUCUGGAUGGUUCUGAUGGCACAAGGAAUGGCUUCCCUGCCAUGCGUAAUUUUGUUGAGAGAGUGGUGGAGAAACUAAACGUGGGAGAAAACAAAGACCGUGUCUCUGUGGUCCAGUACAGCAGAGAUGCAGAGGUCCAUUUCUAUCUGAAAACAUACACCACAAGAGAGGAAAUUGUGGAUUCGGUCAGGGGGCUGAGACACAGAGGAGGCAGACCCCUCAACACCGGGGCAGCCCUCCAGUAUGUCAGGGACAACGUCUUUACAAACUCCUCCGGGAGUAGGCGACUGCAAGGUGUUCCACAGAUGUUGAUCCUGCUAAAUGGUGGAAGGUCAUUUGACAAUGUAGAUACACCAGCCUCUGCUCUCAAACAGCAGGGCAUCUUUGUGAUUGGCAUUGGAACAAGGAGCUCUGACAUUAAAGAGAUGCAGAAGAUAUCAUAUGACCCUAGUCUCGCUCUAGCAGUGUCUGAGUUCACUGACCUCCCCAGUAUCCAAGAACAGCUCUCCUCUGUAAUGAGCACAGUGGUAGUGAGGGCCACGCCCGUGACACCAACAGUAACUGUGGAGAAACUGCCACGGGGAAGAGAUGUUGUGUUCUUGUUGGACGGAUCCGAUGGUACUAGAGCUGGAUUCCCAGCUAUGCGAGACUUUGUCCAAAGAGUAGUAGAGACACUCAGUGUGGAUGACAACAAAGACCGCGUCUCAGUGGUUCAGUACAGCAGAGAUCCAACUGUCCAGUUCUACCUGAACACGUACACCACAAAAGGCGAGAUCCUUGACACCCUCAGAGAUUUGAGACACAAAGGCGGAAGACCCCUCAACACUGGAGCAGCUCUCCAGUACCUGAGGGAUAAUGUCUUUACGGUCUCCGCCGGAAGCAGGCGCCCAGAAGGAGUUCAACAGGUGCUUAUAUUGCUAAGUGGUGGAAGGUCUUUUGACAGCGUUGAUGCACCGGCUUCUGCUCUGAAAAAGCUGGGCGUCCUGACCUUUGCAAUUGGAACCAGGAGCUCUGAUAGCAGAGAACUGCAGAACAUAGCCCACGAUCCAAGUUACGCUCUGUCUGUGUCUGAAUUCACCGACCUUCCCAGUGUCCAACAGCAGCUUCAGGACUCCGUGGAGGCUGCUGUUAUUGCUGUCACCCCAGAGUCACCAACUGUACUUGUUGACACGGCCAAAAAGGAUAUUGUAUUCCUUCUGGAUGGUUCCGAUGGCACAAGGAAUGGCUUCCCUGCCAUGCGUAAUUUUGUUGAGAGAGUGGUGGAGAAACUAAACGUGGGAGAAAACAAAGACCGUGUCUCUGUGGUCCAGUACAGCAGAGAUGCAGAGGUCCAUUUCUAUCUGAAAACAUACACCACAAGAGAGGAAAUUGUGGAUUCGGUCAGGGGGCUGAGACACAGAGGAGGCAGACCCCUCAACACCGGGGCAGCCCUCCAGUAUGUCAGGGACAACGUCUUUACAAACUCCUCCGGGAGUAGGCGACUGCAAGGUGUUCCACAGAUGUUGAUCCUGCUAAAUGGUGGAAGGUCAUUUGACAAUGUAGAUACACCAGCCUCUGCUCUCAAACAGCAGGGCAUCUUUGUGAUUGGCAUUGGAACAAGGAGCUCUGACAUUAAAGAGAUGCAGAAGAUAUCAUAUGACCCUAGUCUCGCUCUAGCAGUGUCUGAGUUCACUGACCUCCCCAGUAUCCAAGAACAGCUCUCCUCUGUAAUGAGCACAGUGGUAGUGAGGGCCACGCCCGUGACCCCAACAGUAACUGUGGAGAAACUGCCACGGGGAAGAGAUGUUGUGUUCUUGUUGGACGGAUCCGAUGGUACUAGAGCUGGAUUCCCAGCUAUGCGAGACUUUGUCCAAAGAGUAGUAGAGACACUCAGUGUGGAUGACAACAAAGACCGCGUCUCAGUGGUUCAGUACAGCAGAGAUCCAACUGUCCAGUUCUACCUGAACACGUACACCACAAAAGGCGAGAUCCUUGACACCCUCAGAGAUUUGAGACACAAAGGCGGAAGACCCCUCAACACUGGAGCAGCUCUCCAGUACCUGAGGGAUAAUGUCUUUACGGUCUCCGCCGGAAGCAGGCGCCCAGAAGGAGUUCCACAGGUGCUUAUAUUGCUAAGUGGUGGAAGGUCUUUUGACAGCGUUGAUGCACCGACUUCUUCUCUGAAAAAGCUGGGCGUCCUGACCUUUGCAAUUGGAACCAGGAGCUCUGAUAGCAGAGAACUGCAGAACAUAGCCCACGAUCCAAGUUACGCUCUAUCUGUGUCUGAAUUCAUCGACCUUCCCAGUGUCCAACAGCAGCUUCAGGACUCCGUGGAGGCUGCUGUUAUUGAUGUCACCCCAGAGUCACCAACUGUACUUGUUGACACGGCCAAAAAGGAUAUUGUAUUCCUUCUGGAUGGUUCUGAUGGCACAAGGAAUGGCUUCCCUGCCAUGCGUAAUUUUGUUGAGAGAGUGGUGGAGAAACUAAACGUGGGAGAAAACAAAGACCGUGUCUCUGUGGUCCAGUACAGCAGAGAUGCAGAGGUCCAUUUCUAUCUGAAAACAUACACCACAAGAGAGGAAAUUGUGGAUUCGGUCAGGGGGCUGAGACACAGAGGAGGCAGACCCCUCAACACCGGGGCAGCCCUCCAGUAUGUCAGGGACAACGUCUUUACAAACUCCUCCGGGAGUAGGCGACUGCAAGGUGUUCCACAGAUGUUGAUCCUGCUAAAUGGUGGAAGGUCAUUUGACAAUGUAGAUACACCAGCCUCUGCUCUCAAACAGCAGGGCAUCUUUGUGAUUGGCAUUGGAACAAGGAGCUCUGACAUUAAAGAGAUGCAGAAGAUAUCAUAUGACCCUAGUCUCGCUCUAGCAGUGUCUGAGUUCACUGACCUCCCCAGUAUCCAAGAACAGCUCUCCUCUGUAAUGAGCACAGUGGUAGUGAGGGCCACGCCCGUGACCCCAACAGUAACUGUGGAGAAACUGCCACGGGGAAGAGAUGUUGUGUUCUUGUUGGACGGAUCCGAUGGUACUAGAGCUGGAUUCCCAGCUAUGCGAGACUUUGUCCAAAGAGUAGUAGAGACACUCAGUGUGGAUGACAACAAAGACCGCGUCUCAGUGGUUCAGUACAGCAGAGAUCCAACUGUCCAGUUCUACCUGAACACGUACACCACAAAAGGCGAGAUCCUUGACACCCUCAGAGAUUUGAGACACAAAGGCGGAAGACCCCUCAACACUGGAGCAGCUCUCCAGUACCUGAGGGAUAAUGUCUUUACGGUCUCCGCCGGAAGCAGGCGCCCAGAAGGAGUUCCACAGGUGCUUAUAUUGCUAAGUGGUGGAAGGUCUUUUGACAGCGUUGAUGCACCGGCUUCUGCUCUGAAAAAGCUGGGCGUCCUGACCUUUGCAAUUGGAACCAGGAGCUCUGAUAGCAGAGAACUGCAGAACAUAGCCCACGAUCCAAGUUACGCUCUGUCUGUGUCUGAAUUCACCGACCUUCCCAGUGUCCAACAGCAGCUUCAGGACUCCGUGGAGGCUGCUGUUAUUGAUGUCACCCCAGAGUCACCAACUGUACUUGUUGACAGAGCCAAAAAGGAUAUUGUAUUCCUUCUGGAUGGUUCUGAUGGCACAAGGAAUGGCUUCCCUGCCAUGCGUAAUUUUGUUGAGAGAGUGGUGGAGAAACUGAACGUGGGAGAAAACAAAGACCGUGUCUCUGUGGUCCAGUACAGCAGAGAUGCAGAGGUCCAUUUCUAUCUGAAAACAUACACCACAAGAGAGGAAAUUGUGGAUUCGGUCAGGGGGCUGAGACACAGAGGAGGCAGACCCCUCAACACCGGGGCAGCCCUCCAGUAUGUCAGGGACAACGUCUUUACAAACUCCUCCGGGAGUAGGCGCCUGCAAGGUGUUCCACAGAUGUUGAUCCUGCUAAAUGGUGGAAGGUCAUUUGACAAUGUAGAUACACCAGCCUCUGCUCUCAAACAGCAGGGCAUCUUUGUGAUUGGCAUUGGAACAAGGAACUCUGACAUUAAAGAGAUGCAGAAGAUAUCAUAUGACCCUAGUCUCGCUCUAGCAGUGUCUGAGUUCACUGACCUCCCCAGUAUCCAAGAACAGCUCUCCUCUGUAAUGAGCACAGUGGUAGUGAGGGCCACGCCCGUGACACCAACAGUAACUGUGGAGAAACUGCCUACGGGAAGAGAUGUUGUGUUCUUGUUGGACGGAUCCGAUGGUACUAGAGCUGGAUUCCCAGCUAUGCGAGACUUUGUCCAAAGAGUAGUAGAGACACUCAGUGUGGAUGACAACAAAGACCGCGUCUCAGUGGUUCAGUACAGCAGAGAUCCAACUGUCCAGUUCUACCUGAACACGUACACCACAAAAGGCGAGAUCCUUGACACCCUCAGAGAUUUGAGACACAAAGGCGGAAGACCCCUCAACACUGGAGCAGCUCUCCAGUACCUGAGGGAUAAUGUCUUUACGGUCUCCGCCGGAAGCAGGCGCCCAGAAGGAGUUCCACAGAUGCUUAUAUUGCUAAGUGGUGGAAGGUCUUUUGACAGCGUUGAUGCACCGGCUUCUGCUCUGAAAAAGCUGGGCGUCCUGACCUUUGCAAUUGGAACCAGGAGCUCUGAUAGCAGAGAACUGCAGAACAUAGCCCACGAUCCAAGUUACGCUCUGUCUGUGUCUGAAUUCACCGACCUUCCCAGUGUCCAACAGCAGCUUCAGGCCUCCGUGGAGGCUGCUGUUAUUGAUGUCACCCUAGAGUCACCUACUUUACUUGCUGAGUCACAAGGCCCCCGGAAGGAUAUCGUUUUCCUUGUUGAUGGAUCUGAUGGUGUUGGACGGGAAUUCCCUAUCAUCCAGGAUUUCAUCCGCAGGGUCGUGGAGAGUCUCAAUGUGGGAGAGAAUAAGAUCCGGAUUGGCGUGGUCCAGUAUGGUGACUUUGCUGAGGCUGACAUGUAUCUGAACUCACAUACAACCAAAGAAGGUGUUUUGAAUGCUGUACGGGGAAUCAGGCAGCGAGGAGGAAGACAACGUAACCUGGGUCAGGCCUUGCAGUUCCUCAGCCAGGAUGUUCUUACAGCAGCACGUGGAAGCAGGAAGCAAGAGGGUGUGCCGCAGUUUGUAAUUGUUGUCUCCAGUGGGUCGUCUACAGAUGACAUCAGUCGUGCAGCGUCUUCCCUCAAACAAUCUAGAGUUCUUCCCUUCAGUAUUGGGACUAGGGAUGUUAACCCUACAGAGCUCCGGGUGGUGUCAUAUGUGCCUAACUUUGCCUUCAGUGUAGAUGAUCUCCCUGGCUUGUACACAGUCCAAGAAAACUUAAUCACCUCUAUUACUGAGCUAUCAGAGGAUGACAUCGCCAGGAUGCGUCCAGAAUUCCCAACCUAUGAAGUAAUCACACCAGCACCCACAGGAGGAGAAAAGAGGGAUGUUGUCUUUCUUAUUGAUGGCACGACAGCAGUGCGUAGUGAGUUCCCUUCCAUCCGAGAAAUGAUAAGAAGAGUAGUUGACAAGUUGGAUGUAGGGUUGGAUAAGGUCAGAGUUUCUGUGGUACAGUACAGUGAUGACCCAACGUUGGAAUUUCUUCUGAACGAAUUCUCCACCAAAGAGGAGGUACGCCAGGCUGUGAUAAAACUUCGAAGCAAAGGUGGAAACCGCCUAAACACAGGUCGUGCUCUUGAGUGGGUCUCCAGAAACAUCUACCAGAGGUCAGCAGGAAGCCGCAUUGAGGAUGGUGUUCCUCAAUUCCUCAUUCUAGUCACAGGUGGAAAGUCUACAGAUGAUGUAUACACUCCAGCUGACCAGCUUAAAAGAAACCGGAUUGCACCCCUUGCCAUCGGUUCAAGGAACGCAGAUCCAGAUGAACUGAAGCAGAUUUCCCUGAAGCCCGAACUUGUAUAUACAGUUGACAGUUUCCAGCAGCUUCCAAAUGUGGAGUCACAACUCAUUGAUUCUGUCAAAACAAUAUCCACGGCUGAUAUCAUCAGUAAUUAUUCUCCUCCUGUGGAUGUCUUCCUAAAUCUUGGGAGAAAGGACAUUAUCUUCCUUAUUGAUGGCUCAGACAAUACAGCUGCUGCUGGCAUUGCUCAUAUCCGUGACUUCAUCCUCAACAUUGUCCAACAACUCGACGUGCAGCCUGAUCAAGUCCGUGUGUCAGUUGUCCAGUAUGCCGACAAAGUAAAAACUGAGUUUUCACUAAACUCACACAACAACAAGCCAGCUGUUAUCUCUGCAAUAAAAAGACUUCGCCAGAUGGGUGGCCGAUCAUCAGACCUGGCUGAUGCCAUUAACUAUGUCAUACAGAAAGAGUUAAAACCCUCUUCUGGUGUUCGUUUUGCUGAGGCCUCUCAGCAUCUUGUGGUUCUCACAGGUGGACGUUCUCCCCAAGAUGUUUCCCUCUAUGGACCUUUGCUUAAGGGCUCCAGGGUAAACUGCAUCGGUGUUGGAGCUGGUGGUGCGGACACAAGGCAACUAACCCAAAUUGCCACCACCUCAGAUGAUGUCCUUCAGGUUCCUUCAUUCCCUGGUCUGCCAGCAAUCAAGGAGAGGCUUAUUGCCAGGUUGAGUGGGAAUAUCCCAGAGGAACAACCCACUGACCCAUAUGAUCCCAGCCUGCCUCCACCUAAAAAGGCUGAUAUUGUAUUUUUGGUCGAUGGCUCCAUCAACCUGGGACGGGAAAACUUCAAUGAAGUCAUGUCAUUUAUCAUCACCCUAAUUGACUUGUUCUUCAACGAGAGAGACAACCUGCGGAUUGGACUGGCACAUUAUGCUGCAGAUGUGACUGACGUAUUUUACCUCAACACAUACAAGAAUAAGCAAGACAUUGUAAGCGGUAUUGGAAAAGCAGAGUACAAAGGUGGACGUAAAAUCAACACUGGUGCAGCCAUUCGCUAUGUCCAAGAUGUUCACUUUACCAAAGAAAAAGGCAGUAGGAUGGAUGAGGGCACUGCUCAGAUCCUAAUGCUUAUCACUGGAGGACGCUCCGCCGAUGACAGCAAAACAGCAGCCCUUGGUCUAAAGAAAAAAGGUGUGAGAGUCUUUGCUGUAGGAGUGGGUGACAUUGAGAAUGAGUUAGAAAACAUUGCAAGCGAGUCUUCCACUGUUGCUCGAGCGAGCAUUUUUCAGGAACUUUCAGAGCUCAAUGAGCAAAUCCUGGAGACUCUCGAUGAUGAAGUGAAGGGGAAGCUGUGUGUUGGUGUGCAAGAAAAACCUACAACCUGCAAUGUAGAGGUAUUGGUGGGCUUUGAUGUUUCUGCCCAAAACAUCUUCAGUGCUCAGACCAACCUUCAGAGCAAGAUGGGUGCCAUUCUGCAGAGGAUUUCCAAAAUGGCAUCUAUCAGUUGCUCAUCUGGGCAGAUUCCUUCUGUGCAAGUGGGCAUGCUGGCUGUGGACUCUGCCUCUGAGCCUGUCCAGCUCGACUUCACAGACAAUGCUGAUGAGCUCUUUGAGGCAUUCAGAGCCCUGCGGAAUCGUGGCCCUUUUGUACUCAAUGGCGAGACCAUCUCGGCUUACACCAAUAGAUUCAAAACCAGACAGGACAAUGUUGUCAAGGUUGUUAUUCAUUUGACUGAUGGACUUGAUGCCCCAUAUGCUGAAAUGAAAAGGCGAGUUGAGGAGCUUCGGCUUUCAGGAGUGAACAGUUUCAUUUUGGUUGGGCUGGAGCGGGUGCCCAAAUUUGAGGAGGCUUUGCUAUUGGAGUAUGGACGUGGCUUCAGAUACACCAGACCCUUACGAGUCAAUAUCAUGGACUUGGAUUAUGAGCUUAUGGAAGAACUGGACAAUAUUGCAGAAAGAGAGUGCUGUGGCGUUCCUUGCAAAUGCACUGGCACCAGAGGAGACAGAGGAGGAGUCGGACUGCCAGGUUCCAAGGGUAGUUCAGGAUCACCAGGAAGCCAAGGACAUCCUGGAGAUGAGGGUGGACCUGGAGAGAGAGGUUCUCCUGGUGUGAAUGGAACACAGGGUUUCCAAGGAUGUCCUGGACAGAGAGGUGUCAAGGGUUCCCGGGGGUACUCAGGAGAAAAGGGUGAAUUUGGAGAAAUUGGACUGGAUGGCAUCAAUGGAGAAGAGGGCCUAAGUGGGGUUGCUGGACCUGCAGGAGACAGAGGAAACCCUGGCAGAAGAGGUCCCAAAGGUGCCAAAGGACAAGCAGGAGACGGAGGGGAAGUGGGAAUCAGAGGAGACCCGGGUACAAGCGGACAAGAUAACAACCAAGCAGGACCGAAAGGAGACUCUGGUGAUGCUGGACCAGCGGGAGAGCCUGGUGAAGAUGGAAAGAAGGGAAGCCCUGGUGAAAUCGGAAGAAGGGGAGCUGAUGGCAGAAGAGGUUCACCUGGACAGCCUGGAAAUCCUGGAAAGCCAGGAGCCGAUGGUGUGCAGGGAGAGCCUGGCAUUGGUGGAUCUAGAGGUCCACCUGGACCUAAUGGUGCCCCAGGACCCAGAGGAGAAGAUGGGAACCCGGGACCCAGGGGUCCUGGCGGUAACCCAGGUCCGGCUGGGGAAAAGGGCAGAAGAGGAGCUCUUGGUCGCAAGGGAGAGCCAGGAGACCCAGGACUUAAGGGUGGUAUUGGACCCCUUGGCCCCCGUGGAGAGCCUGGUGAAGAUGGUAGAGAUGGGUUUGGUUUCGCCGGGCCCAAAGGAAGAAAGGGUGAUGAAGGAUUCCCUGGAUUCCCAGGACCAAAGGGGGCAGGUGGUGACCCCGGCAACAAUGGUGGACCUGGACCCUCAGGAAACCGUGGACAGAGGGGUGUCUCUGGGAACAUUGGUACAGGUGGACAGAAAGGAGAGGUUGGAUAUCCUGGGCCAUAUGGUCAGAAGGGGCCAAGAGGACCAGGUGUUGUGCAAUGUGACCUGGUCAAGAAGAUUAGGGAAAAUUGUCCUUGCUGUUAUGGUCAGGCGGAAUGCCCGCUCUACCCCACUGAGCUGGCCUUUGCCCUGGAUGCCUCUCAGAAUGUUGACCGCAGAGCUUUUAACAACAUGCGUGACACUGUCCUGCGCCUGGUCAGAAACAUCACCAUCUCUGAGAGCAACUGUCCUAGAGGCGCUCGCGUUGCUAUGACCUUGUACAACAGUGAAGUUACCACCGAGGUUCGGUUCGCAGAUGCAAUGAAGAAGCGUGCUCUGGUGCAGCGCAUCGAGGGACUGCAGACCCUGCAGACAAGCAAGGAGCGCAGCUUGCCCACAGCAAUGAGCUUUGUGGCCCAGAACACCUUCAAGAGGGUUCGCAGUGGCUUCCUCAUGAGGAAGGUGGCCAUCUUCUUUGUUGGUGGCUCACUCGGUCAGGCACAAGGAGUGACUAACGCAGCGCUCCGCCUGCAUGAUGCUGGAAUUGCCACUUUGUUCCUGGUGAACCGUGAGGAAAGAGCACUCAGCAAAGCACUGCAGGUCAACAACACAGCCUUGGCCCAGGUAAUUGUCCUUCCCAGCCCUGGAAGUGCACAGUACAAUUCAGUCAUCCAAAAGGUUAUCAACUGCCAUGUCUGCCUAGACGUCUGCUCUCCAGACCAAAUGUGCGACUAUGUGCCCCCAUCGGCCAGCCGAGACAGGAGGUCUUCCACCACAGACGUGGACAUCGACUUGGCUUUUGUCUUGGACAGCUCCGAGUCCACCUAUCCAACUGUUUUUACUGAGAUUAAACGCUACGUAGCACAGAUAGUAGAACACCUAGAAGUGUCUUCUGCUCCCACAUCAUCGGUUCACCAAGCCAGAGUGUCUGUGAUCCAGCAAGCCCCUUAUGAGUUUCUCCAAAACAAAACCGGCCUUCCCAUCCAUGUGGAUAUUGGCUUGACUGAGCACCAGUCAGCUCAGGAUAUUGUCAGAUUCCUCCUGGAGAAGACACCGCAGCUCGAGGGUGGCCGGGCACUGGCAGCGGCCAUCGAAUCAACAGUGGAGCUGGUAUUUGACAAGGCUCCUCUCCAACGUGACAGGAAAGUGCUGAUGCUCUUUGUGACAGGAAGUGUGGAAGAAGACGAGGAGCAGCUGGCGCGUAUUGCCACCGAGGUCAAGUGCAGAGGCUUCUUCCUGGUCAUCCUGGGUGUGGGAGAGAAGCUGAGUGCUGGUGAUACACGUGUCUUGUCGCGCAUGGCCAGUGAGCCUUCAGAUGUCUUCUUUAAAAGGCUGGAUAGCAUCUCACAGUUCUAUGACAAACACAUCCAGACCUUCAGCAAGCUGCUGCCCAAGUAUAUCAGCAUUGAAAAUGCUUUCUACAUGUCCCCUGAAGUCUCCAAAAACUGCAAGUGGUUCCAGAGUGACCAGCCACUGAAAAACCCCUUCACAACGUCACAGCAGCAGGAGAAACAUCAGAAACAUCACGAGAAUCACCAAGCAGUUCAUCAAAGGAAGCACAAAGAUGCAGCUGAGUUACACGUCUCGAACGUCACCGCCAGCAGCUUGAAAUUGCGUUGGAGCAGCCCAGACCCGAAACUCUUCGUCUACUUUGAGGUGGUGGUGACGCGGUUGCCUGACCACGCCCUGGUGCUGAAGACCAACGUCUCGGGCACUGAGCUCUCUGUGGACAACUUACAAAGUGCGCAGACAUAUCAUGCAGUGGUCACUGCCCACACGGCAGACGGUCAAGUUGUCUCCUCCCGCAAAGGCAUCAUCACUACCAAAACAGCAGAGCAUAAGCCAGCCAGCCACGGCACCAGUACUGUAAAUACCAAACCACUGGAUGGACCAGAAACUGACCCAUGCUCGCUUGACUCUGACCCUGGAAUGCCGUGCAAAGAGUAUCAGGCUAAGUGGUCCUUUGACAGAAAGAACGGGAUCUGUACCCAGUUCUGGUAUGGAGGUUGUGGCGGCAAUGAAAAUAGGUUCAACACUGAGACCCUCUGCUUGAAAAACUGCAUGAGGUCAGUUCCAGAGCCUCAGCCAAAAGUGCAGCAGGGUGAACAGGUGGAGAUUCUCCCGGCUCCUGGUGAGAUCUCAUCCGCUUCUACAGCCGUGGACAUCUGCCAGCUUCCCAAAGAGGAAGGUGCGUGCGCCAAAUUUGUCCUCAAGUGGCACUACGAUGCCCCCAGCAAGAGCUGCAUGCGUUUCUGGUACGGAGGCUGCGGUGGAAACCAGAAUCGCUUCGAGACUUUUGAGCAGUGUGUGAAGGCCUGUGGAAAACCAGCACCCGUCAACCAAGGAGUCAUUGCUGCGAUAAGAACAUAGGACCAGAGUGACAAACAUGGCCAGCUGUUACCUCUGUUCAGGGGAUUCUGAGAAGAACCAUCCAAAAAUGGCCAUACUGUAAGGAUGCAAUACCAAAGCAAUGGUGGCUGCACUGGAUCCACAACAAUGGACUUCACCCCAAAUUCUUGAAGUAGUCUUUUUUCACAACAAGAAAGAAGGCAACACGAUUUGCUGCAUGAUUUGUUUUAACCUACUGGUGCUAUGGAGUAUCUUUGUUUUGCAGAUGAAGUUGUUAAGUGCAUUCAAAUUUGUAAAGUCAAAUUUUCUGGAACAUCAUAUGGCGUUUUCAUAUUUUUUAUAAACAUAUUUGAAUAUCUUGGACAGAGAUUAGCGAUAAAUCAGUCCAUUCAGGACUGGCAUUAUUAAGUGCAGUAAUCUUUUUUAUAUUGUUUUUUUUUACAUUCCACAUUCACAUUGCAACAUAGGCUUUCUUUGAUUUAUAUUGUUUUCAAACUCACUUGAUCCCUGUUGAAUUAUUCCUUCACUAUUUUGCAGUCACAGAAUCCACAGCUGUGUUUACACAGGUUUUGAACGGCAGUGUGUGUAUUUAAAUGACAGUGACCAACUACUUCAACAUCAACGUAACGUGAAAUGCACUCCUGAAGCCACUGCCUCAAACACACACGUUCCAGCUAUUGAGAAAAGGAAUGUAAAUGUCAAGCUGUUUUUGUUUUAUUGUUUCAUUUGAUUGUACUGCAAUUUGUGUUUCAUCUGGGUAUAGGGGAAAUAAAAAUGAAUUUGACUUUCUAAUAAACAUGAGCAACUGA